AUGGUUGUUGAUUCUACAUGCGAAUCAGAGUACAUAGCCUCUAGUGAAGCAUCAAUGGAAGAAGCUUGGUUAAGGGACUUCAUCGGAGAUCUUGGAGUAGUUCUAACCAUUCAGGAGCCAAUGGAAGUUUUCUGCGAUAAUGAAGGUGCGAUUGCUUUGACUAAAGAACCAAGAGAUCAUGAUGAAAUAGCGGGUAUUGGUCAUGGGUAUAAAACACCUAAUUAUCAUGCUUUGAGGGUCAAUUUAUUGUCAGAUGCAAAGAAAUCUGUUUUAUUGUUAAUUGAUUCAUAUAGAAGUCAAUGGAUUAAAUGUGGUUGCACAAUUAUGAGUGAUGGGUGGAGGGAUCCUAGGCAACGCUAUUUAAUUAAUUUUUGGGUUUAUUGUCCGAAAGGAAUAUCAUUUCUUAAAUCUGUUGAUGCAUCUGAUAUAGAGAGUAAUGCUUCAAAUUUGUGUAAUUUGUUUGCUGAGAUUGUUGAAAUGGUAGGACACAAGAAUGUGGUUCAAAUUGUUACUGAUAAUGCUGCCAAUUACAAACUUGCUGUAAUAACCUAUGUGAAAGAUAUCCUUCUAUUACUUGGUCUCCAUUGGCCCUUGAAUUGGUUAAGAAAAAGAGAUGGUUGGACAAAAAUCAUCCGUCCAGGUGCUACCCGUUUUGGUAUUGCGUUUAUUGAAUUGAAAAGUUUGUAUGACCAUAAAGCCGAUUUGCAAGCGAUGGUCAUAUCUAACGACUUUAAGAAGAUGUUGAAAGUGAAAAAUGCGGUUGAAUGUAAAGAUAUUGUCUUGAAUGAUAAUUUUUGGAGAAAUUGUUUGAUUACGGUAAAAGUGAUGACUCCUUUGUUAAGACUUUUGCGGUUAUGUGAUUCAGAUGAAAAACCUGCAUUGGGUUAUGUUUAUGAGGGAAUGUAUCGGGCAAGAAGAAGGGUAAAGGAAUUAUUUAAGAAGAAGAACGAAUUAUACAAGCCUUAUACUGACAUAACUGAUCGUCGUUGGGAUAGAAUUCUAAGAAAAAGUAUUCAUUGUGCAGCGUAUUGGUUAAAUCCAAUUUUUCAAUAUAAUCAUGAGAAUGUUUGUUCUAAGAGAGAGGUGUUUCAAGGUGUUCUCGAUAUGGUUGAGAAUAAUUUUUCCGGUACAAGCAUUUUAGAUCUCACACUAUCUCUAGGCAAGUUUCGUGACAGUGAAGAUGAGUGGUGGAAGUUAUUUGGUGGAGAUACUCCAAUAUUACAAAAGUUUGCUAUUAGAAUACUAAGCCAAACCGCAUAUUCUUCUGGAUGUGAACACUCAGGGUUGACAAAAGGUCUUACGAUCCUAUUGACUAUGAAUGUAUUGACAAGACAGAUUUUCGGUGGUUGA